AUGCGCUCCAUCAACUCGCACAAAACCAUCCAUCGCUACAACGCGCGCACCUGGAAGCAGACCAAAACCCUCGGCAAGGGCGGCGAAGGCACGGCCGACCUGCACACGUCGCGUUGGAACAAGGAGACGAAGCUCGUGAUCAAAGUGGUCAAGAUGCCCGACACGACCGGCAGCGACAACCGCCCAAUCGAGCUGAUCCGGCUGGCCUGCCUGCCGUCGACGUGCAACCGCAUCGUCGAACUGCUCGGCAGCGAGCUGCACACGCCAAGCCCGGGUCUGUGCAGCCUGUUCCUCGAGUACUGCCCGAUGGGCGACGUGCGGCACUGGCGGAUCACCGAGUACGAGAACAAGAACCGCAAGCCCGUGCCCGAGACGAUGAUCUGGCGCUUCUUCAUCCAGAUGAGCCAGGCGCUCGCCUUCCUGCACCAGGGCGUCGGCAUGGUGGACACGGAUGGGAACGCAUACGUGGGCUGGACGUCGCUGAUUCACCGCGACAUCAAGCCCUGCAACAUCCUCGUCAAGGCCAACAAGGGCUCCAUCUACCCCUCGUUCAAGCUCGCGGACUUCGGCAUCUCAAAGUUUCAUGACCCGAGCAAGACGGAGACAGAGGCGGGCACGUAUCUCUGGCAGCCGCCGGAGCUGCCGCGGGUUUCGACGCGCGAGGCGGAUGUCUGGAGUGUCGGGGCAUGCGUGCAUUACCUAGCGACGGGUAAGGCGCCCGUGGAGGAGCAGCAGGAGUUCAUCCACCGGAAGUGGGCCAGUUGGGGGCACAAGUAUCCGACGGGCGUGGACGCGAAGGAUAGGCACUAUUGGGACAAGCAGUGUCCGCGGCGGCCGACGCAUAUCAAUGUGUCGAAAGAGGCGCAGCUGGAGGCCGGCGUUGAAAAAGGUAAGCUGAGACAGCAGUAUAGCGAUGAGCUCGACAAGUGGAUGAUGAAGGCGUUGAAUAUGAAGGCGACUCAGCGGCCUUGGGCGGUGGAUCUCCUGAAGGGAGUAGAGAGAGACGGGAGGAGGUUGAUCAAGAAGAUGUCGAAGGCGAGCGGAUUGGUGGAUCUCGAGAUGAAGUGCGAGCCAGUGCCGAUGGAUGAUCCAGAUUCGGACUCAAAUGACGGGGGGUUCGUGGCGAUGAUGUUGGACGAGGAUGAACUGAAUUUCGACGAGCCAGACAUGGAUCCUUCCACGAACUAUCGCGGGAGGAAGCCUAGGUGA